UCCUAUGCUACACCCCCUACCACUUCCGGUGAGUUGACUGGCCCACACACACUGACACACUCACAGAAAGACAAGCUACAACUAUUAGAAAAUGAGCUCCCUGCUACGAUUAGGAAGGAGGGUGACCAAUCUCAGACCACUGUUAUCUCAUGGCAAGUGGUGCAGCAUGUCUGGGGGCCCUGAUGAGAGCAGCACCUCGGAUGAUAUAGGUUUUUCCGAAAUGGUACUCAAGUUUGCGGAAAAGGCGACUGGUUUAGUUGAAGACAAGAUUAUUUCUGAGGACAGACGCAAAAUUUCAGAUGAUGAGAAGCGCAUCCAAGCACAGGGGAUACUGGGACUCAUCCUGCCCUGUAAUGCUGUCCUACACGUGGCCUUCCCCAUUACCAAGGACGAUGGCAGGCUGGAGGUGGUGAAUGCCUGGAGGGCCCAACACAGUCACCACAGGAAACCCUGCAAAGGAGGUGUUCGAUACAGUCCUGAUGUGACGGAGGAUGAGGUGAGGGCUCUGGCUGCUCUCAUGACCUUCAAGUGUGCUAUGGUGGAUGUGCCGUUUGGAGGGGCCAAGGCUGGUAUCAAGAUAGACCCGCUGGAAUACUCGGUUACAGAGCUGGAGAAGGUCACUAGAAGGUUCACCAUGGAGCUGUCCAAGAAAGGUUUCAUUGGACCAGGUCUGGAUGUGCCAGCCCCGGACAUGGGGACGGGAGCACGUGAGAUGUCCUGGAUUGCUGACACAUACUCUAUGACUCAUGGCUGUACUGAUAUCAACUCGUACGCUUGUGUGACUGGCAAACCCAUCCCUCAAGGUGGUAUACACGGGAGGGAAUCCGCUACUGGACGGGGAGUGUACUAUAGUAUACGCAGCUUCAUACGAGAUGCUGACUAUUGCAGUGAGAUUGGUGUCCUACCAGGAAUAGCUGGCAAGACCUUCAUCGUUCAGGGCUUUGGCAACGUGGGGCUCCACUCUUGUCGCUACCUCCACAGAGAGGGAGCUAAGUGCGUGGGCGUGAUGGAGAGAGAUGUGUCCAUCGUUAACAGGGAAGACGGUAUCGACCCGAAAGAAUUGGAAGAUUACAAAUUAAAUAACGGAGGCUCCAUCAAAGGAUUUCCAGGGGCACAAGAAACGACUGAGAACUUACUGACAGCAGAGUGUGAUAUUCUGAUACCAGCUGCCGGAGAGAAGCAGAUUACGGCAGAAAUAGCUGAGCAAAUACAAGCCAAGGUGGUGGCAGAAGGUGCCAAUGGUCCCACUACUAUUGCUGCUGAGAAGAUUCUGAUGGAUCGCAACAUUAUGGUCAUCCCUGACCUGUUUGCAAAUGCUGGAGGAGUGACUGUGUCCUAUUUUGAGUGGCUCAAGAAUCUCAACCAUGUCAGUUAUGGACGGUUGACCUGGAAACACGAGGAAGACUCCAACAAUCAUUUACUAGACAGUGUCCAGCGUAGUCUAGAGGCCAAGUUCUCUGGAGGUCGUGCUGGGUCUAUCCCCAUCACAGCCACCCCUGCAUUCAGUGCUCGCAUUGCUGGAGCUAGUGAGAAGGACAUCGUCAACUCUGGUCUAGAAUACACCAUGGAGAGAUCUGCCAAGCAAAUCAUGCGAGCUGUUCGUGAGUACAACCUUGGUCUGGACCUGAGGACCGCUGCUUAUGUGUGUGCACUGCAGAAGAUCUACACGGUCUACCUAGCGGCUGGCAUCACCUUGUAGCUGCAUAGAGAACACCUGAUAGUGAACAUUGUACCUUCCUACCUGCUAGCUUAUUUUUUGGUAUGUCUGUGGCUUUUAAACACUACAUGUGAUUGUAGAUUACAUUCUGAA